AUGUUAGAUAAACAUAUACCUGUAACAAAAGAGGAUUUAAUGGACAGUGUCCAACGAAUAAUAAUCGACAAAAAGCAAGAAAUCCCUUUCAAAGAUAAUAGACCUGGCAAGAAAUGGUACACAUCAUUUCUAAAACGACAUCCUACGAUUGCUGAACGGGUAGCUCAAAAUUUGUGUACAACAAGGGACAAUGUUACCCAAGAAGACAUAGAGAAAUGGUUUUCGGAAGCAGAGAGUGAUCUCAAAGACAGAAAUCUCAUUGACAUAAUGCAACAUCCUGAAAGAAUUUUUAAUACAGAUGAAAGUGCAUUUUUCUUAAAUCCAAAACCAGGACAUGUUCUCGCUAGAAAAGGAUAUGCUUCUUCAGGCGACGAUAAAGAAAAUUUGACCGUUCUGAUUAGAGGAAAUGCUGCAGGAAAGUUGGCACCUACUCUGGUAGUAUAUAAUAAGCAAACUGACGUAGUAAAUGAAGAAUCUUCAAAUCCUGUAUCAGUUACGAAUAAUCCAGAUGCCAAUGAUUCGCCAAGAGAAAUACAAACAAUUCCUGUUUUGUCUUGUAAUAUUAAUAAUUCCGAACCCAGUAUUUCUUCACAUACCAACUGUUUGUCCAAAGAUCACCAGUUAACAUCCACAAUCCCGGUUGCUACGUCAAAUCCUUCACCAGGAACUAAUAAUCCAAAUUCCACCGAGUCUUCUAAAGAAAUCCGAACAAAUCCUGAUUUGUAUUGCAGUGCAAAUUUUGAUGAUUCUGAACCUAGCACUUCUACACAAACGAAUUGUAUGUCCAUAAAAACUUCAGGUCUCAAUUCUUCGAAUAUGGAAAAUGUAGGCCAAGAAGAUAAUAAUAUACGAGAUGAUUCUUUACCAAGAUGCAGUCACAAAACACCUAUUAGAACAGUUAAUGUUGGCACUUCAAACUAUGUGAUUCCAUCUCCUUUUAAACGAAACUUAUUUUGGCCUGAAACUGACGAAACAACAAAAAAUAAAAAACGAGAAAAAGUUACAAAGCAAAAAAAUAGAUCCGAGUCUUCUGACACUGAAAGUGAAAUAAUUUACGCCGAAAGUGAAGAAAGUAUCUUGUCUGGAGGAUCGGAAUUGGAUGACGCGCCGUUGAGUACGUUAGUUCCUUCUCAACAUAAACUAUCAAAGGGAAGUUACGUUAUAGUUUUAUAUGAAGGGCAACAUUUUCCUGGGGCCAUUGAAAAUAGAAAUAAAAAUGAAUUUGAAGUAAGCACGAUGACAUUUUCAACAGGAAACACCUAUAAAUGGCCAGAAAAAACAGAUAAAAUGUGGUACCAAAGCGAAGACAUCGCCGAGUACAUCCGUCCUCCAAAAUUAAUCAAUAAUAAAAUAGGAUUUUACAGUGUAGAAGAGAUGCAAUAA